GAUAUGGUCCUUCCUCUCCUGAAGCUCGAAACCCUCGCCCUGAAGACAUUAUGCAAACCCAUCGCUAAUAGGCUCAAGAAAGAGGCCGGAAAGCAUCCCAGGUUCCGCCAGUUCAUUAUCAACUUUGCCCAGGUAAAUCAUCGGUUCCAAACAAACGUGCAAAGACGCUUCUAUGGUCAUGCAACUGAUGUUGAGAUCCACCCUUUGAAUGAGGAGAAAGCUGUUCAAGAUGCUGCUGAUCUUCUUGGGGAACUAUUUGUGUUCUCGGUUGCAGGAGCUGUUGUCAUCUUUGAGGUGCAAAGAAGUGCUAGAUCAGAGGUUAGAAAGGAGGAAUUACGCAGGCAGGAAUUAGAGCCAAUGACGCAAAAAGAUGAAGAGUUGGCUAGAGAAGUGGAACUUCUUAAGCAAAAAUUUGAAGAGCUCGAACAGCUUGCUAGGGGACGAGGACUGAAUGGUCAUUUCAACUUCAAGCAUCCUCAGGCCACUGAAUAUGUAAAGUCAGCAACACCUCACUAAGUAGGCUAUCUGAUCAUGAAAUUUAUUUUAGUUUCACCUGUUACAGGGAAA